AUGACAGCUCAAGUGACUGCAUCGUCGCCUCAAUCGAACAACAAAACGAAAGCCAACGGUAUCCGACUUCCCAAGUUGCAACUGGUGAGGUUUCGCGGCGAGUUGUCAAUGUGGGGUAGCUUUUGGGAACACUUCAAGGGCGCCGUUCAUGAAAAUAACUCCCUCACCAAAGCGCAGAAAUUCUACUAUCUACGCUCUUUGCUGGAUGGGCCUGCAGUGACAGCAAUUUUUGGUCUACAAGCAACGAAGGAGUGCUACACAGAUGCCAUCGAAGUGCUGACCGAACGUUUUGGCGACAAGAAACGGAUCGAAAUGGAACACCUGUCAACGCUUCAGACACUCCCGUACGUCAAGUCAUCACGUGAUGUGCACGGGCUUCGUAAACUCUACGACCACGUUCAAACGCACGUUCGAGGACUAAAGGUUCUAGGAGUCGCAAGCAAAAGCUACGCAUCGAUGAUGUGUGAAAUCCUGCUCUCAAAUUUGCCCACCGAUGUGGCACUGGACUACCAACGACAAACAAAAGCGACUCCUUUUGUACGACGCAAGGCAUAA